AUGAAGUUGUCUCGCGAGGAGUGGGACACGGCACAUAAGCGGUUAACGGAGGCGGCCAAGAAGUUGGGAGCCAACACUCAACUAUUACUGACGAAAAACGUGGGUGGCGAUCUUGAUGGGGCGCCGACCAAGGAUGGGGACUGCAGCGGGAAAGUCAUGAUUCGCCAGGCACCGGAGACGGCUGAGGAAGUCAUCGAGACGAGGAUAGCCGUUGUUGGGAAUGUUGACGCCGGCAAAAGCUCCAUGCUCGGUGUUCUCGUCAAGGGCGACCUAGAUGACGGCCGAGGCAAGGCGCGAGUCAACCUUUUCCGACACAAACAUGAGAUCGAGACGGGGCGGACGUCAUCUGUCGGCAUGGAGAUCAUGGGGUUUGACACGACUGGCCAGGUUGUGGUCUCGGACACCCCGGGACGCAAGCUGUCAUGGGAGGAGAUCGGGAAGCGCAACGCAAAAGUCAUCACUUUCACCGACUUGGCGGGCCACGAGCGCUACCUGCGUACCACGGUGUUCGGGCUUCUGUCCAGCAGCCCGAAUUAUUGCCUGCUUAUGGUUGCGGCCAACAACGGUCUCAUCGGCAUGAGCAAAGAGCACCUAGGAAUUGCACUUGCCCUGAACGUGCCAGUCAUGGUGGUCAUCACCAAAAUCGACAUUUGCCCGCCUCAGAUCCUGGAGCAGACCAUUACGCAGAUAACGCGGAUUUUGAAGAGCCCUGGGGCAAGGAAGAUACCCAUCUUUAUUAAGAACCACGAAGAGUGCAUCAACACAGCCACUCAGUUUGUGAGCCAGCGGAUAUGCCCCAUCUUUCAGGUGUCAAACGUGACGGGCGAGAACCUCGAUUUGGUCCGCUCGUUCCUCAACAUACUCCCGCACCACGGCCGCUACGAUGCCGACGCUGCUUUCGAGUUCCAUAUCAACGACACUUUCAGCGUCCCUCAUGUCGGGACAGUCGUAUCUGGGAUCGUCAAGUCUGGCGUGAUACAUGCUGGAGAUGACGUCCAAAUCGGGCCGGAUUCACUGGGACGUUUUACGCAGACCUCGAUUCGCUCCAUCGAGAGGAAAAGGAUAGGCGUACCCGCUGCAUCCGCCGGCCAAUCCGCCUCGUUUGCUCUGCGGCGGAUUCGAAGAAAAGAUGUGCGUAAGGGGAUGGUGGUGCUGUCCAAAUCGGACGGAGCCCCCCCUAAGGUGUACCGCGAGUUCGUGGCCGAAGUGCUUAUCUUGUCGCACGCAACGACCAUCAAGACCAAAUAUCAGGCGAUGCUACACGUCGGGCCGGUUUCCCAGACUUGCGCCAUCAUUGAUGUUGACCGUCCUUUUAUCCGGACUGGAGACCGAGCUACCGUCGCUUUCCAGUUCGUGCAGCGGCCCGAGUACCUAGCGCCCGGUGAUCGACUCCUCUUCCGAGAGGGGAGAACGAAAGGUCUUGGGAUCGUUAAGAGCGUCGGGUAUGAUCCCUCUAAGCCACUCAUGCCAAAACAACCGGAGGGUGGUGUUAGUGAUGAGCAGCGGGGCCCUGGGCCCGACGCCGAAGAGGCGGAAGAUGUCAAUGUAGCCCGUGGUGUCAAGGCCGAGUGA